GAUCAUGACAAAAAAAAAGGGGCAGGGUGCUUGCAUUUUCAUUCCUUUCUGUGAAAAAAAAAAACUGUGGUUUAAAUCCAAGUCUAAAUCUCUACAAGCAACUAGUGUGAUUGUGUGGACAACCAAAGCAACAACGUUGAAGAGCAACAUGGUCAGUCGCGUGGAGCAUCCUGCUGCAGGCUACAAGAAGAUCUUUGAGACAGUGGAGGAGCUGGAUGAACCCAUUCCUGCUCAAAUCAGUGGUGUUAUCCCAUCAUGGCUGGGGGGCAGUCUUCUCAGAAUGGGUCCCGGCCUGUUUGAAGUGGGAGAUGAACCCUUCCACCACCUGUUUGAUGGACAGGCUCUCAUGCACAAGUUUGACCUGAGGAACGGUCAGGUGACAUACAACAGAAAAUUCAUUAAGACAGACUCAUAUGUUCGUGCCAUGACAGAAAACAGAGUUGUCAUCACUGAAUUUGGCACCAUAGCUUAUCCAGACCCCUGCAAAAACAUCUUCUCCAGGUUCUUUUCGUACUUCAAAGGAAUUGAGGUGACUGAUAACUGUUUAGUUAACAUCUAUCCGAUUGGCGAAGACUUCUACGCUGUCACUGAAACCAACUACAUCACAAAGGUGGAUCCUGAUUCUCUGGAGACUUUAGAAAAGGUGGAUGUGUGCAAAUAUCUCUCAGUGAAUGGCCUUACAGCUCACCCGCACAUUGAAGCAGAUGGUACGGUCUACAACAUCGGUAACUGCUUUGGCAAAGACAUGAGUCUGGCUUACAACAUUGUCAAGAUCCCACCUGCACAGAAAGAUAAAUCAGACCCCAUUGAGAAAUCCCAAAUUGUUGUUCAGCUACCAAGCAGUGAGAGGUUGAAGCCCUCCUAUGUGCACAGUUUUGGCAUGACCAACAACUAUUUUGUAUUUGUGGAGCAACCUGUGAAGAUCAACCUGCUGAAGUUCCUGUCAGCCUGGAGCAUCAGAGGAACCACCUACAUGGACUGCUUUGAAUCCUGCGAGAGCAUGGGGACAUGGUUCCAUUUGACCACCAAGAACCCGGCAGCUUACAUGAGCAGCCACAAGUUCAGGACAUCUGCUUUCAAUCUGUUUCAUCACAUCAACACUUAUGAAGACCAGGGUUUCAUCGUGGUGGACCUCUGCACGUGGAAAGGUCAUGAGUUUGUGUACAACUACCUUUACCUGGCCAACCUGAGGGAGGAGUGGGAGGAGGUGAAGAAAGCGGCAUCAAGAGCUCCCCAACCGGAGGUCAGGCGAUACGUUCUGCCGCUGGACAUUUACAAGGAGGAGCAGGGCAAAAACCUGGUGUCUCUGUCCUACACCACCGCAACAGCUGUUCUUUGCAGCGAUGGCACCAUCUGGCUCGAACCUGAAGUGCUCUUUUCUGGACCAAGACAAGCUUUUGAAUUCCCACAAAUCAACUACUCUCAAUGUUGUGGAAAGAAGUACUUCUUUGCUUACGGCCUCGGACUGAACCACUUCAUCCCUGAUAGGAUUGUCAAGCUGAAUGUGCAGACCAAGGAGACGUGGGUGUGGCAGGAGGAGGACUGUUAUCCAUCAGAGCCAAUCUUUGUGGCCACACCUGGAGCCACACAGGAGGAUGACGGUGUGUUGCUGAGCAUUGUAGUGAAACCGGGUACAGAGAGGCCAGGAUUCCUGCUGGUUCUGGACGCCAUGAAGCUGACAGAAGUAGCCAGAGCGGAGGUCAACGCCAUCAUCCCAGUCACGCUCCACGGGUUGUACAAACCAUGACUUCAUCCAUCAUCACGCAAUUAUGACAGCAUUUCAGUUAGUGACGGCAACCGGUUUUCAAAACAGCAGCUGCAACACAUUAUAUUGAAUUAUCAUUAACUGGAAGCAUUUAUUCAAAUAUUUGUGCUAUAAUUGCAUUUUGAUAGCAUUCUUUUCCUUUCUUAGUCGGGUAUUGAUUUCUGGAAGCCUAAAGAAAACAAGUAAUGGGUUUUUUUUAAAUGAAAAAUGUUUUUUUUUUAUUGUUCAUGUGUGAAAUUAUAUUAGUAUAACUAUCCUUAAAGUGAAUUUACCUUAAACCAUUAUUUUCAAAUAAAAAUAUCCAUAAGAAGUCAUCAUUG